UAAAAAACAUGGUCGGCUUUUGUUUGUAACGCUUAUAACGGUUUAAAAACUUGUUCUCACGAAUUAAAAAAAAACUUUAAUGCUGUAUGUGAUAUUAGUUUAUAAAAAUGAAUUUAGAAUUACUGGAAUCGUUUGGUCAAAACUACCCUGAGGAGUUCGACGGAACGUUAGAUUCCCUAUCGAUAGCUGUAACAUGCCAGUUUAACAAACGAGGAACAUUAUUAGCAGUGGGUUGCAACGAUGGUCGAAUAGUGAUAUGGGAUUUUCUGACUAGAGGAAUCGCCAAGAUAAUAUCAGCUCAUGUUCAUCCCGUUUGCAGUAUUAGUUGGUCGAGAAAUGGGUACAAAAUUGCCUCGGCCUCGACCGAUAACACGGUGUGCACGUGGAACGUGUUGACGGGGGAAUGCGAGCAAAAAUACAGGUUCCCUUGUCCCGUUUUAAAGGUGCAAUUCCAGCCGCGUAGUUUGGAAAAGUUGCUAGUUUGCCCUAUGAAACAUCCUGCGGUUCUUGUGGAUGUGAACGGAGUUCACAGUGUUUUACCAAUCGAUGAAGAUGGCGAUUUGAAUAUAGUGGCUUCGUUUGACAGAAGAGGUGAUUACGUCUUUACCGGUAACGCAAGAGGGAAGGUUUUGGCAUUGGACUCUACAACAUUGGAAGUAAAAGCCAGUUUUAGAAUAAUGUUAGGAUCAUCGAGUGCUACAGCUGUGAGAAGUAUCGAAUUUGCAAGAAGAGGAGAUUGUUUCUUGAUUAACACAGCCGAUCGAGUGAUAAGAGUCUACGACAGUAAAGAGAUCUUAACUUACGGAAAGGAUUGCGAGCCGGAACCCAUUCAAAAAUUACAAGAUUUAGUCAAUAAAACGAUGUGGAAAAAGUGUUGUUUCUCCGGCGACGGUGAAUACAUUUGUGCUGGUUCGACCAGACAGCACGCUCUAUAUAUUUGGGAGAAAUCUAUAGGGAACUUGGUGAAAAUAUUGCACGGAACAAAAGGAGAAUUACUGUUAGACGUUGCAUGGCAUCCUGUUCGACCUAUCAUUGCUAGUAUAUCAUCUGGCGUUGUCAGCGUUUGGGCUCAAAAUCAAGUGGAAAAUUGGUCUGCAUUUGCUCCGGAUUUUAAAGAAUUGGAUGAAAAUGUGGAAUACGACGAAAGGGAAAGCGAAUUCGAUUUAACCGAUGAGGAUAAAUCAGUUGCUAGUGGAGCAGAUAACAAGGAAGAUUCUGAUUUAGAGGUUGAUGUUGCUACAGUCGAUCCGAUUGCAGCGUUUUGCAGUUCCGAUGAGGAAAAUGAGAAUUCGGAUUGUCUCCAAUUCUUACCGAUAGCUCCAGAGAUUGAAGAUCCGGAGGAUAAUUGGACACCUGUGGAUAAUAUUCCUCCUUCGAAUGUAGGAAAUGGUCCACCACCGGCCAAAAAGAAGAAAUACAAAACCUACGAGAUACCGCUAGAAAAUGUGUCCGAUGGAGAAGUUCACCCCUUAUUAAGCAAUAAAUCUAAGGAUAAACAAGUGGUUGGCGGUAAGAAAGGACCAGGAAGACUGAAAAAAUAAUUAAAUUUGUUUUUUUUUUUCAAAAAAAUUGAAAUUUUUUGUAACUAUGUUCCUAGUCACUUAAAACUCUUCAAUAAAUUAGAAAAAAACGAGUGAAAGUAAGGAAGCAAGGUGCAGAAGUGUUCGUGAACUCAAUAAAUUUAUUUACGAAAUCUAGCGAAGCUGUUUCAACGAAAAGUGUCUUGUCACUUGGAAACUCGAAUUCAUGCCAAUUUGAAAUUCAAUCCUCGCCGUUGUAUUACUACUUGUACAAAUUUUUAUAUCUAUUUUUAUUUGUCUUAAUUAAAUUGUCCAAAAUCA